AGGAUUGCUGAAAUUUGUUUUUAUAAAGAGACUAUAGAACUAUUUUUGCAUGCUGUAUACAGUCUUGGGAAUGUAUGCAAUAUCCCCACCCAGACACCAAAUAAAGUUUCUUUAGUGUACUGCUCUAAUGAAAAUGCUCUUAGAUACAAGUCCUUUCCAUUUGCAUUUUAAUUAUUUGAAAAUUAAUGUUCACAAAUUUAUUCCCUAGUACAAUGAUCAUUUCCUCUGUUAAUCAGCACUUAUUCAAAACACCCCAUUAAUUAAACAGAUCCACACAGGAUGUGAGCCCAGUAAGGCUGAAGGGAAUGAUUCUCACAACUUUAGAGAAAAACAAACAGAAUAGAACUGCCUCACUGAACCAUCAAUGAUGAAUAUUGAACACCUGAUGGGGAAGUAAAAAGCCACAUGUGCAUUACUCCUGUGUUAGAUCAGCCACUGUUCAAUAGAAACAAACCUAAGGCGGUCUUAGAUGGACCUUGCCUCCCUAUAGGCUUUUUCAUAAACAAAUAGCUAGAGAAGUCUCUAAGUUGGGGAGAAGCCAGUUCCUCAUUUCAGCUCGCCUGCCCUGGGCCAGGGAGGGUCCAUUGUUACAAGGUGGAAACUGUUCUGAGCCGGCACCUGGCAGCUCAUUCUGCUCUGACUCCCUCCCCUGGACGCACCCGGGCACUCUCCGCUUCAGAGGUGGACAGCCGCAGCAGAUCCCACACUCCGCUCUUCCUCAGUAAGGACGCAACAACCUGUCUGGAAAAGGACACAGACGCCCUGGAAGAGCGGCACUCAGAAGCGGCAACUGAGCAACCCCGUGUCCUCCAGAGAACAGCCAUCCUGACCGUGACCCCUGGAAGCGUCCAGCGUGGGGGCCUGUCAGCUGCCCGGGGGAGAUGGAGUCGUGCCCUCCAGAGGCGUGCGGAGCCCCUCCUCGGCCCAGCCCAGGGAGCCUGUCGCAGAGGCGCUGUGAGAACCAGGGGAACCUUCUCCACUUCGACCGGCAGGCCCCAGGCCGCAUCUCCACAUCUCCCACCUUGCGAAGAUUAAGGGGUGCUGGCGGUGGGGCUUCCCACUCACCUCUUCAGCAGGAGGCCUGGGAAGUGCCCACCUGGAGCAGCUGGAAGGAGCCUGCGGGUCCCUCACCCUACCUUUCCAAGAGCCUACCCGGAAGCCCAAAGGGUUCCUCAUGCUCCCUGUCACCCUCAAGACUCCAGUCAAGAUUGCCUCCAGACCCCAAAAGGGCCCUGGACACAGGGCCCUCAUGUGAGCCCCUGCCCAGGCUUCAGGUCUCCCUUCCAGGGCCCGGAGGUCACUCACCACCCAGCCCCGCCGCACUGCGCCCUAGUCCUCAGGGAGAAGAAAUGCAUCCAUCCAGGUUCUACGGACACAGGCGGGGCUCUGUGGUGCUCAACUUACCUGGACUUGAGGUGUUCCCCGGGGACCUUCUGGUGUCAGAUGGAGCUGCCGAUUACCUGUGCCACCCACUUCUGCUGCUGAAUUCAGACUCCAAAAAGCCAAGAUGGCCUUUCUCCAAGAGAGGAGUGGGCAAAGACAAACACAAGCACGUAUCUGAUCUGGAAAACUGUCUCUCCUCCGUGAAGAUUACAGACUUCAGGGGCUAUGAGUUCCAGAGCCUUAAGGACAAGACCUGGAAUGAAGUCAUGGAAACACAUCAAAAAGUUCCUACUGAUCAGUCAGACCUGAGAAUGCAGCAAGAGGCUGUGUGGGAGCUCUUCACAAGUGAAUGCACCUAUUUCUUGGACCAUUUAUUAGUUCUUAAGAUGAUCUUCAUGAAUACAUUAAAAUAUCUACAAACUCAUGAAUAUCUCCUGGAUGUGGAUUUAUGGAGACUUUUUGCAAACCUGGAGGAGUUAAGUCAGACAAGCUUUGGUUUUGUGAACAGUCUUUGGGGUGUCAUCAAGGACUAUAUCGACACUUCUGAGACUUCACCAUCGAUGGAUUUCAUGUCUGUUUUCACAAAGGAUUUCCGAGGCAGCCUCUGUCAGAGCCACCAGACCUACUGCCUGAACUACUCAGCAGCUGUCUUUUACCUUGAGAGCCUGAGGCGAAGAGACGACUUUGGAAUUUAUUUGAAAUGGUGUGAGCAAAAUGAGCAGUGCAGACGGCUUCACCUGCCCGAGCUGCUAGUGGCACCACUACACAGGCUGACUCGAUACCCCUUGUUGCUGAGGAAUAUCUGGAAAAGGAGUACAGACUCUACGGAGAAAAUCAUGAUCUACUCCAUCAAAGAAAAGGUGGAAAAGUCGAUCCGGGAUCUUGAAGGAAAAGUGAAGUGGCUUGACAAUUUCCAAAAAUGUAGACAUCUACAGGAGAUUAUAGUGUGGCCUCCGCUUUGGGAGAGAGACAAAAGAUUUUUUAUUCCAGAGUGCCUGAAACAUAUUUUUAAAGAACACAUGGCAGAAAGCAUCUUGUCACCAACCAACAGACACCUUCUCUAUGAAGGGAAAUUAACUCUUGCAGAAAGCACAAGAUUCCUAGAUGUUUAUCUGUUUCUCUUCGAUGAUUUCCUCUUAGUUACAAAAACGAAGCGCAACAAAAAGAAACUUGGAGGCUCGGACACUGGUUUAAUGUGCCCUUCACUUACUCCUGAGUUGCAAACAGUAAUAAAAGAGGGUGGUUCGUGUACAGUUCUUGAUCAGCCCAUUCCACUAGAUAGAUUGGUGGUCAAAAGUAUUGAUCCACUUCAUGUGUCAGUCUUUGGGCUGAGAAAUGCUUUCCUUAUACAACAUGAAAACAGAUACCGCCAGUGUAUAGCAGCAUUCUUAUUACAAGCCCAAACGGAAAACACCAAAAAAACAUGGAUGGCACAAAUAGCAGCAGCAAUCUCUUGCUUCACCAAGAGUCAGGAAACCAAGAAAAUAUCUUUAUUCACAUUGCCUGCAGAAUCCUCUGAAAUUUAGAUAUCUAAAACAAGUGGCAUAUCUUUUUAGACACUAGGGAUUAAAGUAUUAUUUUAUUCAAGCUUUUGUAACACUUAGUGAUGAGCUAGAAGGAAAUGUGCAUUUGAAAGGACUUCCAGAAUUUGAGAAUUUGAGCCAGGAAAGUCCUCAGUAUAGAGGAAUAAUGACUGCAGCAAAUCUGAGCUCUGAGGAGUUUCCUGCCAAAUAUAUGCUGACAUCCAGACUACCUUACAAUGUUUCAGCCAGGCUGGCAAGAGGUGCCAGUGAAGCAUGGUGCUGCUGUAAUUUGUAAGUAGUCAAGGAUCAGGUAAAUGGAAUGUCAGGAGGAAAACAAUGUCCACCACAUGUACCCAAUAUGAAUUCUACCACCUUCCUUUGUGUUUAUCUAUAAUGAAACCAAUUUUCUUAUAUGGCUUGUAAACCAGCUGUGUAGUCCUACCUCACACUCAGUAGUACUUGAUACAAAGUUUGAUUGCUUUCUUAAUACAUUAAGAAAUAAGACAUAUAUUUUAGUAGUUUAAAAAUUCCUAUUCUCUGACAGUUUACCUAUCUCAGGUGUAUUUUACAAUACUCUAACUUGGAAGUAGAAAAUCCCAAAGAGUAAAUUCUAUUAUUUUAAGAAAGAAAAAGCUGGUAUCUGUUCCAGUUUCAUUAGUUAACAUUUUUACAUGGGAGAUUUUCGUAGAAAUUAAGUUAUCUUUAUCUAAACCUCAUUUUUUGAAGAAUGAUGGAGUUUGUCAUAAAACUACUUUCUGGUUUUCAGUAGGGUGUGUGUGUUGUUAGCACAGUAGGUUUUAUUUGGUAGGACUUGAAGCUUCAUUAGAAUUUUUAUCAAGAAAGGCAGCUUAAAUUGUAUUACUGUGGUGGAAUAUACCAUUAACUGCGCUUAAGGAACUAGUUCUUAUGGUCAGAUUAUAUCCAAAAAAUCCACAAAUUUCAAUUUCAGGCAUGGUACCGUUUCCAAUUUCCAAAGUGGAAAUGGUAAAUUUAUUAACCUGGGCUUCUAGACAAAUGAUGCCUUAACUGAUCUCCUUCAGAGGGAGAAAGAAAUAGAGAGGAUGAUGCCUGGGGAAGUCAUGUGCACAAUUCCUUGAGCAAAACACAUAUUUCAUCAUGUAAACCAGUACAGACAAGGGUAGCAUAAAGGCUCUUGUGCAAAGGCCAACCAGUAUUAAAAUGAAGGGUCAUAGUCUAUCUAAUAAUGUCAGAUAUUUAUUAGAGUAAGUGAAAAUAAAGGAAAAUCUGGAAAGCAAUAACUACUGUUAAUGUCUAAAAAUCAGUGAGGGAAAACAAAGAACCAAGAAGGGAAGAACAGAUUUCAAAUGAGUUUCUAGAGAUGGUGCCUGGAUAGAACUGAAAGUAAUUACGUCCAGGAGAAGACAACAUAGAUUUAUGCAAGAGAAGAUUCAGAUAGAAUUUUCUGGCCCAAAACUAAUCUCUCUCUAUAUAUAUGUAUAUAUUGCUUUUAGAAAAAAAUUAACAAUCAUCUUGCAGGGAUUUUUAGAUAUAAGCCAACCUGAGAGGAGGGCAAUGAGCUAGGACUAAGUAAUCUCAAGAGUACUUUUAGUUUCAUGAGUCCAAUAACCAUAUAUUUAUAUGUAUAGAGAACUGGUUUCUCCUUUACAUUAUUAAAGUGAGAGAGAGACUGACCAAAUUAACAUCAAGAUGUACAACGGCUUAAAAAUACACUAUACACAAAGAGAUAUCUGCACUCCUAUUUCCACUGCAGCAUUAUUGACAAUAGCCAAGAUGUAGGAAAAAACCUUAAUGUCCAUCAACAAAUGAAUGGAUAAACAAAAUGUGGUAUGCCCACACAAUGGAAUACAAUUCAGCCUUUACAAAAAAUAGAAGGAAAUUCUGCAAUAUGCAACACUAGAUGAACCUUGAGAACAUUAUGCUAAAGGUAAUAAAGCAAGCCAGUCAGAUAAAGACAAAUACUUUAUGACUCCACUUACAUGAGGUACCCAGCAUAGUCAAAUUCACAGCAUCAGAAUGGAGUGAUGAUUAGACUGGAGGGAGGAGGAAAUGGGGAAUUACUAAUCAAUGGGCAUAGCAAGUUAAAAAUGAGUAAACUCUAUAGAGAUCUGCUAUGCUGUACACUUAAAAAGCUAUCAAGAGGGUAGAGUUCAUGUUAAGUUUUUUUUAACCACAAAUACAAUUUUAAAAAAGAAUAUGCUAUAUAUUUAAACUAGAAUUCUAUAAAGCUCCCAAAAGAACAUAUCCAAUAUAUACUAUAUUAAGUGCUUGAGAAUAUACACACUGAAUUCUUCAGAGGGAAACACACAUCACAGUAAAAUGAAAAAAGACUUGUGCCACUUUGAUUCCCAGGAAAAAAGAACAGUGAAAAACAAUGGUACACUGAGCCUUCAGAAAGUAUCUUUAAUUGGUCACCUGGGUAUUAACCUGAGAUACACAAUGAAAGAGGAAAAUUUAAUACUGCUUAAUUUUUCUUUUUAGUUUUGUUAAUUCUCCAUGAUAAUGAAUGGAAUGAAAAUGGAAUGUCUAAAACAAAAUGGCAUGAGUAAUUUAUCCUGAAAUUAUGAACUUGAUUACUAUUGUAAUUUGAAUAUUAAAUCAUACCCGUCUGUAUCUAAGU